UGGCAAAUACUUCUAGAUCGGUAAAAAAAAAAAAAUGUGGAAAAUAUUAUUUGCGGUCCUAAGUGUAGAGUUUAUUUAUUUUAAUGUAUGCCAAAGUCAGAGUUUAACUAAAGAUAUCAAGAAAUGCCAUUUUGGAGAUACAACAUGUCUGAUAAAGACAAUUAAUGAUAUUAUACAAAAAUAUCCAAGGGGAAUACCCGCAUUGGGAAUGAAACCAAUCAAUGUUGUCGAUAUAAAUAAUACGGAACUCUUGAAUCAAGCUGAUAUUGGUGGAAUUAAAUUUGAAUUUAAAAUGUACGAUCAGGUUAACUAUGGUUUCGAAAAUACGACAAUAACGAAUUUAAUUGGCUUUGGCAAAGAUCCAACUACCGAAUAUAUGGAGAUACAUGGAAAUAUUCCCAGUCUAAUACACAAGGGUAAAUAUCUGGCAAAUGGACAGAUUUUGCUACUUCGUCUAAAUGCCACAGGUGAAUCUACAUCGGAUUUUCAAAAUUUUCAUUUUGUUUUAAAACUAAAAGUUCAAAUGGAAUAUCGCAAUAAUAAGCGUUAUUUAAAAAUUUAUGAACUAGUUCCCAGAGUUAGUUUGGAUCGUUGGAUAAUUUGGCUUGAAGAUUUCUUUCCCGAGAACUCGGACUUAACCACAGCUGUUAACAAAGUUAUCAAUUCAAAUUGGGUUGAGUUUUGGAAUGAAGUAGAACCGGCCAUAUUAAAUGUAUUUACUGAUGUUUUCACUCAUUUGGUGGGAGAUAUUUUUCAAAAAACACCUUACGAUGAUUUAUUCCUCGCCGACGACGACGACUCGGAGGAACACACAGAGAUUCCUAUAAAAAGCUAGUUAUUUUUCAAUUAAAUACCUAAAAGUUCUUAUGUUACUUGGGAACAGGUUUAUAGUCGUGUAGUUUCUUAGGAAAGUGUAAAUAAAAUAUAUUUCAAUAUACUUGGAUUGGAUGAAAAUCAA